AAAAUAUCCGACAGUACAAUUGCAACCUUAGAUAUUAUUAUAUUAUCAACAGAAAACACAAAAAAAAAAUACACCCGAAAUGGGUCGGUGUAAUUUAAUAAAAAAGAAGCAAUCUAGCAAGAUGCGACGACAUACAAUUGAUGAAGAAAAUAAAGACGAUUAUUAUAUGACUCCCGAAGAGGUACGGCAAUCGAUUGAGCGGUGGUCAUUCCUUUGGCACUGUAGUGAUUCUGAUUCUGAUUCCGGAUCGGGGAGCAGUUUAACGUCACCAUUGUUGCAACAUGAUCCAUCUGCUUAUGGAGACUGGCAUGUGCGGGGUGAAGAAUUUAAUAUAGAGACUACCGGCAAGGAAAUGCUGAUGAAUCUAAGCAAAUUUCCCUAUCCGGAGAUAAUCAAACCGCCCGUUUUGCUAGAUAACAAGUUGCCCAAAACUCUGCGGGUUAAUCACUGGCCCUAUAUUACACACAAAAUCUUUGACUACGUAAUGCCGGACAUAUAUAUUCGGUCCAUGGAGUUCAUGAAGAAACCCGUAUGUGAGGGAGCCGUGGGUUAUGAUCCUUUGUAUUAUGGGUCAUCAAUUUUGAUCAAGCCUCUGUGCAAGUACAGUAAGCCUCGCAAUUUUGCACCCACAUGGACCAAUACUAGCUUGGUUUCCUGGAUAGAUGGACGUCGUUUUGCCAAGAUGGUGAAACGUAAUGACUCGCGGAUGGGAAAUGAGAAGCUACUUCGGUGGACUAAGGUUCUCCCGUCCUGGAGCAAUAAACUCCUGGCUGGACUAAGAAAGGACCCGGACGCUAAGCUAAUUGCAAGGUGGAAGCGUCCCAGGACAAGACUUUUUUUGAAUUCAGAAUCCGAUGCGAUGGACAAGGAAUGGGAUGUGCGCGAGGAGGAGACGUUGCCAUCGGAUGAAUAUUACGCAGAUUAUGUAAAUGAUGAUCCCGAAACACAGCGAUCAUGGAACUCCUCAGCUUCUGACGAUUUUAUGCCUAGGAUAACCAAAUCCCAGUCGGAUCUCAAUCUCGAAUAUUUAAAGACAAGGCCGAUAAUAAGACGUUAUUAUAGUUCGAGCAGUCUUUGUUAGUUAUCUUAAUUGAAGACUUAUCGUCUUUAGAAGAAGGGCCGAAGUCAUUUGUAAAUGGAAAGAAUUGUUUAAGGACACCGCAAAUAGUCAUGUAUCAAAAUCAAAAGUUCAUUCAAAAAACGCCACUCUCAAGACCCCCUAUUCCGAUUUCACGCAAUUAAAAAGACCAGCAGUUAAACGAGGAAAAAGAGCGGCAAUUGUAACAGGCGGCAAGCUCAUCGAUCAGUUGAAAUUAAUAAAAUACUCAAUAAAUGCGCUCACAAAAACGUGUGCAAACAAUCGA